AUGUCACCUCCACAAAUUAACAAACAUCAAGUUACAAGCUACCAUACCAUUAAGGUCAACGAAACCGAUGAGGUUUUCUAUAGGAAAGCCGGGGACGAAAGCAAACCAAAUUUAUUAUUAUUACAUGGGUUCCCAACGAGUUCAAGACAAUAUGAGCCAUUGAUCAACUUGUUGAACCCUUACUUUAAUAUUAUUGCACCAGAUCUUCCAAGUUACGGUUUGACUAAAGUUGGAGCUAAUUAUGAAUACACUUUUGAUAAGUUGGCGCAAACAAUUGAUGGUUUUUUGAAAACGAUUGGGUUUGAUAAUUUUUUGGUUUAUUUUUUCGACUAUGGGGCCCCCGUGGCAUUAAGAUUAUUAGUUUCUGGUAAUUAUAAUAUCAAAGGGUUGAUUAGUCAAAACGGUAAUGCUUACGAAAUUGGAGUAACUGAACAAUUUUGGAGUCCUUUCAAAAUUGGAUGGGAUUUACUUGAAUUGAAAGAAGCCAAUUCUCCAAAAUUUAAUCAAAAAGAUUUAGAUGAUCAUGUUAAGGUUAUUAAAAAUGCCCUAUUAGAUACUAAUUUUUGGAAAAGCCAAUAUUAUAAUGCUGAAAAACUCGAAACACUUGAUCUCGAUUUACCACUCAUCGAUUACCACUUGUUGAUCAAUAGCACCGAAGAUCAAGAUGAAGCUUUACAACGCCAAGUUGAUUUGGCCUUUGAUUAUAGAAAUAACAUCAAGUUAUAUCCAAAAGCUCACGAAUUUUUUAGAAAAUUACAAUUACCCACUUUGGCAGUAUGGGGUAAUAAAGAUGACUGUUUUGAUAUUCAAGGUGCUUAUUCUUUCAAAAAAGAUGUUCCAAAUACAAAAGUUGUUGAAAUCGAUGGAGGUCAUUUCGUUGGCAACUCUCAUACUCGUGAAGUUGCCCAGGCUAUUCUUGAUUUUGCUUUUGAAAACGGCUUAUUGUGA